AUGGAGGAACCACCGAUCAUCACUCCUGGCACGUCGAUAUCGAGUCCGAAAGUUAUCUUCCUGAUGGCUGACUACGGGCACGAUCCCACAGGUUCGCGACCACCCACCACCCACCACCUGCAUCUCGGCAGUACAGACGUGUAUUGGUGUCUAACUGCCUACCAUAUAGAGACCGCUGUUCCUUAUACCGCAUUCAAGAAAGCAAACUACCAAAUCCACUUCGCGACCGAGAACGGCAAGGCACCGCGUUGCGACAAGAAGAUGCUGGAGGGCGUGACCCAGAAACUGCUGGGCGCAACCAAGGAUGUCGUCGCCAUGUACAAGAAGAUGCAACGAAGUGACGGGUGGCUACACCCCUUAUCCUGGACCUCGCCCGACUUCUCCCUCGAUCCCUACGACCUCGUCGUCCUGCCCGGCGGCCAUGACAAGGGAGUUCGGCAGAUAAUCGACUCAGAGACCGUACACCAGCUUAUGGUUGAUUACUUCCCCAAGACGAAGAAGCCGGGCGUGAAGAGUGUUGCUGCUGUGUGUCACGGCGUCAUGGUCUUGGCCGAGUCGAAAGAUGCGACUGGUCGCAGUGUCCUACGCGACUGCGUGACCACCGCCUUGCCUGCCAAAUUCGAACAGCUUGCGUACUGGGGCACACGGGCAUUCCUGGGCGACUAUUACAAGACCUAUGGCCAUGGCAGCGAGAAUGUCGAAGAAUCGGUCACAAAGGUGCUGGGAAACCCAGCCCAGUGGAAGACGAGCAUGAAUCUCGGCGCGUUUGUCGUCGAAGACGAGCAGCACAACUACAUCAGUGCUCGGUAUCCAGGUGAUGUCGAGAUGUUGGCCGAGGAGUCCAUCAAGCUGUUGGAGAGUUUCAACAGGAUUGUUUAG